GAAGACAAAUCUGUAAUGACACAGUUUGACCAGCAGGUGGUGUCCAUUUCUAGCCUCUGUAAAACGCCAUAUUCUGGGAAAUCACCAGCAGCAGCAGCAGCAGCAGCAGCAGAAGCAUUGAGUGAGAGCAGACUGCAGCUGCUGCCGUCACCCUCUGCCCACAGUGUUGCUGUCUGCCUGGCACAUUGCAUUGUCACUGCCUCACUGUUAAUGAUUCCUUUUCAGAGUCUGACCUCGAAUUGGAUUGCCCAGCUGAAGUCAUCCUAUACCCUUCUGGGCACUGCAGGGCUUCACCCUUGGCACUUGGGUCCAUCAGUGAGUAGCAUGUUGGAGAGUAGCUGUAAGGUGGUGAAAGAAGGACUUCUGGAGAAGAGGAGCGAUGGCUUGCUGCAGCUCUGGAAGAAGAAGAGGUGCCUGCUGACCGAGGAAGGGCUUCUGCUCAUUCCACCGAAACAGCUGGAGCAGCAGCAGCCUGGCACUCCAGCCGAACCGGCCAGGAUCAAAGAGCUGCAUUUCUCCAACAUGAAGACAGUGGACUGUGUGGAGAGGAAAGGCAAAUAUGUCUAUUUUACAGUAGUCAUGGCAGAGGGCCGGGAGAUUGAUUUUCGGUGUCCACAGGACGAGGGAUGGAAUGCAGAGAUCACUUUGCAGAUGGUACAAUAUAAGAAUAGACAAGCUAUCCUGGCUGUCAAGUCCACCAGGCAAAAGCAGCAGCACCUGGUCCAGCAACAUGGGCACCGCAUCAGGAGCGCUUCUAACUCUGCAUAACCCAGCAUCCUGACCAGCACUUCCAUCAGGUUCCAGGUUGAAUUAAGGACGCACUUUACUGGGUACAAGAAGUCUUUUGCUCAACUCUCCUAAUACAUUCAUAAAUUGACAUAUGACUAUGCUGGCCUAAGACCAUAUGCUGCAGCUGAAGACAUGCAGGAAUGUCUGCAGUUAUCUAUGGACCAUAGGAUGUACACUCGUGAUGGAAAACAUGUGUGGACACAAUGAAUCUUCAUUUUACUGUGUUCUAUUUAUUUCUUCCUUUCUUGCUAUGUGCCAAACAUGACUGUAUAAGGCGAUCAGCUCAGUGUAAUAAUGUCUAAUCUGCUCCACGUCUCGCUUGGCUUCUCCAUUCUCAAAGUGUUAAUGUAUCAAUGCUACACCUAAGACCAGGAUAUGCUGUAUUUCUUUCUCUAUCAGUACUAUGGAGGACACAGACAUUUUCUACUGAGAUUUACACCUCAAGUUAAACCACAUGAAAUAUUUAUUUUUCCAGCUGAAUAAACCUAAAAGACAGAGGAAGAUGAAAAUCAAACAGUAGGAUCCAAUGGUUCUGUUUGGUCAGGCUGAUAAUUCCCAUCUGAUGUUGUCUGACUUUGUGUUAUCAGCUGUGUUUGCAUCUUUUAGCCACUGUAUAUUUGUAGCCAGCCUCCAUUAUCUCUAUAAAGGCUGAGAGAACUUCACGGAUGACUAGUCCAUGUUUGCCUGUUUCAUGUUGAAAGUAGGUAAAAAGAGUAAAGCCUGAAUGUUGGUUCAGAGGCAGGUGUGACUUGUUAGAAACCUGCGAAAUAUACUCUUAUUUAUGGCUUGUCCAAUUACAAUGUAUUAGAAUGAAAAUAAUCAUCCUCUUAUUGAUAAGGUUUGACAAGAUCUGCUUAGGAAAUGAUACAUCUUAGUACUGUAGCCGAGGUCCCACAUUUUUUUAAAUAAUAAUAAUGAUGAAAUAUCUUUGGCACUAGUGCGCAAUACUAAAGCUAGGGGGCUACAUUCAUUGGGCCCAGGAGCCCCAAGUGGCUCCCAUUCCACAGGUUGAGGAACACUGAUCAUUAGGAGCUGGCAGACACCUCUGGCUGUGACUUAUCUCCCUGAAAAGGGGCGAACCUUUCAAAAUGAGGCCUGACUAUUAGUUGGGAGACCUUGGUACACAGAUGGUCAGUCAAUCCCACAGAAAUUGGGCAUUAUUAUCAUUAUUAAUGUAAUGAGUAUGUUUAGCUUCAGUAUUGAGAACCAACUGUGCAAUUGCACUGAGGCCAAAACAUGUUCCUUAGGGGUGGUGAUCAUAAUUAAGGAGGCUCUUAAAGGUGGUUCGAAUGAAAUGUUUAUGCUAUGUGGCCCUACAUUUGUAAACAAUUUCACCACUACAUCCUGAGAGAUUGGCUGCAGUGGGUUCGGAACAUCAUUAUGAGAAGAGGGACAGCGGGCCAUCAGGUUAACCAAGGGACUGGGGCUCAUCGGAGCAUCAGUGCUGGAGCAGGUGACAAGAGUACGUUGUAGUUUAUUAUUUUCUAACCCUAGCAGGCAGGAGUUAGUGUUUUAAUAAAACCAGAGAACCCUGUUAUCUCAGAAAACAUACUUGAAGAGAACAGGAUUAAACAUAAUUCCAGACUAAUUCUGUCAAUUCACAAGUUUGCAGGACAGAAAAAUGGCUGUUUUUGUGACUAAGACUGUGUUCACAUCAUGAUUUAACAGUACGUUGUACAUAUACAUUGGCAGCCUGUUAAAAUUGGAUACCGAUUUAUAUGUGCAUGUACUAAUACAGGGCUCACUGACUUUCAUGUAGUCAACUAGUUAUUAUGUUAUUAUGUUUGGGUCAUUUCCCAAAUAUUAAUGGGUAUUUCCCAGGAAUCAAAAGCGUAGCAAACCAUGGUGUUGAGUCCCAGAAAAUGUAUAUUUUUGGGACAAUAAAAUCAAUGGGUCCUGUCUCAGUACAUGCUUGAAUAAGUUUCCAUCCCAUUUUGAUAGGUUGCUGACAUAUAAAUCCAAUAUACUGUGAAAUAAUUAUGUGAAUCGUGUCUUAAUUGGGGAAAAUGUAUAUUCUCGACAUGAUUGUGGGUGUUCACAUUGGGGGGUGGGACCGUUGUUGAUCUCUGUUAUUAUUGUCGCUGCCACAUGCUGUUUUAUAACAUAUGAUAUAGUUCCCUGUACAAUCUCAAUAAGUCUUUUAAGGCUAUGUUCAAACUUGUGAUAACAUAGUGUACGCUAGUCUGAAUGUUAUUUAUGAUGCAUUCUAAUGACGGUGCAGUUCAUCUUGAUUCUGGUAUUUUUUACAUUGUCCUCUAUGGAGGAUAGAAGGCAUAACUGAUUGACAUUGUAUUUCAGUUAUGCUAAGCCGUAUGCUAUUUUAGCUCAAGUAUGAAAGCAACCUAAACACAAACAGUUGCCUAGGUUUUCUGGUGUGAAUGUGUCUGUAUCCAUCACCAUUUUACAGCCAAUCUUGAUCAGGUUCCAUUGAAGUACAGGUAUAUACCUUUUGAUAGAAUGAUUUGUACAGUAUCAGUUUGUAUGCCUAUUGUUACAGUUAAAGCCUGGCUUUGGAUACUUAUUUUUUGUUGAAGGGAGCUCGAUUAUUGGAUUGUUCUACCAGCAAUCCUGUGUAGAGAAAUAUUUAGGUGAAAUUUUACAAUUAUCAGAUCACCUUUAUAAUGUUUCUCUGUUUAAAAUGAAGUUUAAAUUUCAUUUUAUAAUUUUUUUUUGUACUUUUUUUUCAUAUUUGCUGCUUUAAGGCUUUGAAAUGUGUAUAAUGUUCUUGUAAAUAGAGGUUCAUUCUUUAAAUGGUGAUUUUUUUUUUUUGUAGGAAUAUGAAUUUUCUUUUAUUUGCAGAACUGUUUCUAACUAUAAAUCACCUGAACCAUGAAACCUUACAACACAUCUUUGAAACUUGCCAAGAAGCAGUCAAACACUGAGCCAUUUAGAAUGUCUCAAUUGGCAAAGGGCAGCAUUUCUGGACAGCACAUAUUUUCCGAUGAUGUAUCCCGUGUUAGUGUGUUACAGUGUUUUAAGGAAUGUGUUCAUACACUUGUUCAGUACUGAUCACCAGAUUAGUAGGUAAACAGCAUCAAAGCAUGAAUGUAGCUUUGUUUAUUAUGUGGGGUUCGGACAAGUGUCUUGGAUGUCACAGGUCUCUGGUUAAAGUGAUAAUAAUAGUUGCAAGCCAAAAAAGUCCCAUAAACUGUCUGGAUGGGAAUAUGAUCCUCUGGCCGAAUAUUAUGGCUAAGUUUCCACUUGUUUUUUUUCCUGGCCGUUUCUAGAAAACUGCCACUGCAGUUUUUGACCAAAGUCAGAAGUGGAGGCCUCCGAGCGCCACACAUCACCAGCGCCCAUGCCGUGAUACGGCAUCCCGUCAUCUGACUUCCAGACCCGACAGUCUCUGCUUUGGGGUGAGUGCACCUACGUGUUCUUUGGUUGUUCCAUAUUUGAUGCUUUACACUUGUGUACGUGCACCCCGCAGGAGACUUUGACAAAAGGUCACCGAGGAUAUAGCCCCUUUAGUGCUCUCCCCAUUUUCUUGUCUUGUUUUGUGGUAGACUUCUGGCUUUGGCUCAAAAACUGCAGUGGCAGUUUUCCUAAAACUGACAGAAAAAAACUUAGCCUAUGACACAUGUAUACAAUGAUUAUUAUCUAGACCAGAUAUACAGAAAGAGAGGUACAUUUUCAAGGCCUGUGCAAUGCAUCACGUCUCGGGUUUCUGAAUUUCCUUAUACAGUACUCUGUCGAUUCUAAUUAAAAUAAUAAAUCGAACACAAUGGGCCUCAUCUACUAAGGCUUUUCCGAGUAGAUUGUGUAGGGUUUUAUGUGUUGUGCGCCAGAAUUUCCGACAAAAAACUAUACACUAACUCUCCACUUUACUCAGAAUACCCAAAAAAGGGGCGUGGCCAUCUGCGAAAAAGGGACAUGUCUCCAAAAAACCUACAUUUAUGAAAAAUAAAAAAAAAACUACAAAUUUAUUAAGGUUUCCACAUAAAAUGUGGCGGAUUUGAGCUCUUGAAAACCCAACAGCUCAGAGCAUGUGUAUAAAAAGCAAAAAGUAGGGAAAAUCGCCAACUACAAGAUACAGUAGUAAAUACCAUGGAAAAAUACCUGUCGGGGAAAAAAAAAACACAAAGAAAACUUGACUCCACUCUUAGUAAAUGAGGGCCAAUAUGAUAAACAUGUUCUGAGAUACAAAGAUAAUAGUACCAUCUUUGGAUGCCGAGGGGAGAAGCACAAUUAAAAUUUUGGCUGCCCUUGUUGAAGAUUACUGGUGUUUAAGAGGAAUAUGUGCAAGAGGCGGCGUGUAAAUGCUUUUUUAUGAUGAUGUCUCUGUACAAUCAGGUAUUCUGUGAGAUUCUGUGCUGUUCUGUUUCUUUCUAUUCAUAUUAUGCAAAUGAUGAGGAUAUGCAAAUGAGAGAAUCUUAAAGCUGCAAUCAUCUGCCAAAUGUUUCAUCGUGUCACCUACUGUGAAAAAAGAGACAAUGCUGUUGCCGCUUUGUGUGUGUAAAUAGUACUCAUGAUAUCUGAGAGAUGUGAUUUAUUUUUUAAAAGACAUUCCAUUUCAAAUAAACUUCCAAUGGAAAUGAC